UACAAACUUCACAAACACAUAUGCUGAAUUGCCUCCACUGCGGCUGCCAUGGUUGAGUCUUGCAUGCUUAGGCCCAAUUACCUUGACAUCCUUCCACACCGAUAAUUGUGCUCAUUCAGAAUCCCCGAUUUCGCGUCUGCCAGAAUCCUCCUAAACCCACAAUACACUACAAGUCCCAGCACAUCAUGGAGAACCUCAGUCUGAACGAGCCUCCUCCGGGGUCGCCACAGCGUCAAAUGGGACAGAUGCCACAGCCCAGCGCUGUAUUACCCGACGUACAGCCUCAAGGCCCGCCCCAGCUCCCGCCGCAGAUGUUCACGACCGCGGCGCAACUACUUGAUUUGACGGACAAGAAACUCCUCCUUGUCCUCCGCGAUGGUCGUAAGAUCUCCGGUGUCCUCCGCUCAUGGGACCAAUUUGCCAACCUUGUCCUGACCGACACACGCGAACGAUACUUUGUCACGACCGCCGAAUCAGAACCUAGACAUCUCUACUGCGAUAUCCCUCGAGGAACGUACCUCGUCAGGGGCGAGAACGUGCUAUUGUUGGGUGAAAUUGAUCUGGAUAAAGACGACGACCCGCCGCCAGGGUACGAGGAGGGCGAUGUCGAGGAAGUGUUCCAGAUACAACGGGCAGCUGAGAUGCAGAGGAAGCGCAAGGAUAAGAUCAAGAUCAAGAAGGUCGCGCAGCUGUGGGGUGGGGAGAUGGAAGGCAGCGGGGAGGUCCUUUUUUGAACUAUUCUGGUAUUCAGCGUGCACCGGCUGUUUGCAAGAUGCGAGACAGGGGAAAGCAGCAAGAUAUCGAUCUCCAUUUGAUGGAGAUAGAAGGCACAGUGAAAUAUGAUUCACUAGUGGCCCUCGACCAUCUCAGGGGGUAUGGGGUCUGUUUCGGCAAACUCCCACAAAGCGAGAAUGGGUCACGAAACAGCAAAUCGAAGAACAAGAAUCAGAGCAGAAUAUUGUGAAAUGCUUGUGGUCUCUGUGAUGAAAGCAACCUUUUGGCGUCAGCUCUAGUUAAGCGCACUCUUUUGAAG